AUGAAAUUACCAAAAUCCGGAAGAACUGGAAGAGUGCAUUUUGAGCGUAAAGUUAUUCGGGCAAAAAAGAAGGUCUUGGAAAAAAUACCUGCUAAAAUUUUUACGAAUAAACAAAAAACCAAAAAAGACAGGAAAAGUGUUGGAUACGCAAUGGAUAAUCGUAUCAAUAUAAUUAGUUACCAUAUCGCUAUGGCUGUCUCACCAAGAUCACGUUCUGAAAAGUCGCCGGAUUUUCUUAAAACCUAUAAAUUUAUGUGCGAUCAAAAUGAUGCUGGACCAUUAAAACGUGUUAUGAGACAUGCCCAAGAUCGCAUUGUUGAUAUUAAUGUAGACAAUAUAAGGCCUCAAAAUUGUGGUUUAUUUUAUUCAUUUUUCUACCUUAAUUUUCCCAGUUUAGCAAAAAUAAAACAGAAAGUUACACAAACUGAUGUCUUUUAUGCUCUUUUAGAUGAGCUUGAGGAUUUUUUUCCAGGAAAAAAGAUCUUUUAUUUGAUAUUACCAAUUAAAAUAAGCCAAAAAUGUUGGAAGGCGACUGAUGAAGAUGUAGGUCUUGCUUACUGCCCCAACUGGAUCAUGAUAAAGAGUGAAGUGGAAGAAAUUUUAUUGUCUAUGAAAAGUUAUCCUGGAGGCAUAUUUUACCCCUGA